AUGAUUUCAACAAACAACAGUAGCGGAGGUGACAACAAGAAAUCCAAAUCGUCGUCAUCAAAACGUUCCAAACCUCCAUACUUUCCCAACAAGGACAAACAAUAUAGGUCUCCUCCUAUCAACCAAAAUUCAUCUUCCGAUAGAAUUAUUCAAAAUGUAGACUUGUCGGAUGAGGACUUGAAGAAAUUUCUCUUGGAUGGAUAUCUUGUGAUAAAACCACAAGAACUUGCGUUGAGUCCACAAUGGCAUUCGGAAUUGUGUCAAUAUGGAACUGAAAUUUUUCAAGAAGAUGGAAAUUGUGGUAAUAAUAUACUCGCAAGAAUUCCACAACUCAAUGAAAUUUUCGAGGAUGAUCGUGUAAAAAGUAUAUUGACACGAAUUCUUGGAACUGGAUACAUUAUGCAAAGUCACAGAUUUUGGCAUUACACCCAAGAAGGUCAAUUAGACCAAGCAUGGCACAAGGAUUCAUUCUUUGGAAAUAUAAAACCUCUAAGGCAUCAUCAAUUGAGACAUGUCAUGCUCAUGUACUAUCCUCAAAAAACAACCAUUCCAAUGGGUCCUACUGCUCUUCGUAAGGGAACACAAUAUACAUGCAUUGAUCCAAAACGUUAUUCUGGAAAUUUAGCCAAUGAAUUUUAUCAAAAACCAUGGAGAAAGGAUUCAGAUGUUUUCAUGGAAUGUGAAGCUGGAUCUCUAUUACUCAUUCAUUAUGAUCUUAUUCAUAGAGGAAGUGCCAAUGAAGCACGAGAUCGUCAAAUGUUUAAAUUUCAAUUUUCAAGAGUGGUCGAUCCACAACGAGACAUUUCAUUACUCAACAGUGGAAGAGUCAUUCCCUCUUUUGAAAAUGUUAAAAUUGAGGGUCGAGAAAAUAUGGAGCAAGAACCUCAAUACCCGGUUGCCAAAUCUAUUUGGAAUUGGAUGCAUAAUAUUCCAUUCAAAGCAGAAGAAUCCAAAGUGACCAUCGCAGAAACCGAGCUAGAAGAUGUUCAUGAACUGAAUCGAAUUGCUUUCUGUUAUCGAUUGGGUUUAUGUGGUCAAUAUGGAACUCUCUUGAAACGUUUGGAUCAUAUCAAUGAACAAUUUGCUUACAAUGCAGCUCAUGGUAUGAUUGCUUGCAGACAUCCCAAUGCAGUCAAAGCUCUCACUUCAAAGCUCAUUAACAAGAGCAGCAGUAAUGGAGGCAGCCAACACUCCAACUAUGUUUCACUGUUUAUCAUUUCAGAAUGGGGACCACUGGUGGUCGAGAGUUUAGAUGAUAAAUCACUCAAGGAAUUUGUUCAGUACCUGAAUAAGGCUCGUUUCUCGAGCAUGUUCUCCCGAAUAUACGCAGCAGAGGCACUCGGAAAUGUAUUCUGUGGCUACCAUAGCAACAACAGAGAUGAUGAGAUUCUUCAACUUGCCGUUGAAACUCUUUGUCGUUAUUUGGAGAAUGAUGACGAGGCUCAAGUACGAUUUUGGAGUGCUCUCUCCCUAGCAAAGAUUGGACCAGUAGCAGCUUCUCCAAUGGUAAUUACAUGCUUGCAGAAGGCUUUAAAGUUUGAUAAUAAUCGAUACGUGAUUGGAUUUUGUCUGGAAGCUCUCGAAAAAUUGGGCAGCCCGGAGGCUUUGAGGAUACUCAUUGGACAAUUGAAAGCUUCCCGAUGGUGUUAUUUGACUCACAAGAAUUCAUUGUUCUGA